GUUUUCUCAGCCGGGACAACGUUGCCUAGCAGCUAGGCAGUAGACUCUGGCCUGUUCACAUUGCCUCUUCUUACUCGUUAUAGCGAGGAACCACGGACGUUUCCCUCGGUCUGCCGGUCAUCUUUCUGUUUCCCUCUCGCUGUCUGUAUGCCAAACAUGCCCCAGUCCGUGACACUAAAGGGACCCUCUCCUUGGGGUUUUCGGCUGGUGGGAGGACGGGAUUUCAGCACACCGUUAACCAUUUCCAGGGUAACACCAGGCAGCAAGGCGGCCCAAGGUGACCUGUGUCCAGGUGACACCAUCCUGGCCAUCAAUGGCGACAGCACAGAGCACAUGACACACAUGGAGGCUCAGAACAGGAUCAAAACGUGCACUCAGCAGCUCACACUCUGCAUCAGCAGGUCAGGAUCAGGAGACAGAGUGUGGUCGCCAACUGUUAGUGAAGAUGGCAAGACAAGCCCUUACACGGAGCCUGACUCACAGAAUUUCCGUCCAAUCACCAGCGGUUUCAGUCGUAAACCUUCAUACACCUCUGAACCUCAGUCCCCGCAGACUCCCCAGCCCAGUCCCCUGAACAACGGACACCCCAGACCCAACAACAUCCACAGCUGUGGAUACGGAAACGGCACCGGGCAGGGUCAGUACAACAAUCCAGCGGGACUUUACGCUCACAACGGCAGCAAUGGAGACAGAUCUCUGCCAAGCAAGAUGGGGGGCCUCAGCCUCAGUGCCACACACAGCCCUGAGCCUCCCAUACACUCCCCCUUGGGCCAUAAUGGUUUUGACACACAGUCAGAUGUCUACAAGAUGCUGCAGGAUUACGAGGAGCCUGUGUCUGAACCCAAACAGUCUGGCUCCUUCAAAUACCUCCAGGGAAUCCUGGAGGCUGGGGAUGGAGGUGUGUCCCCAACAGAGAGAAUGAGAAACCUAAAGUCUCCAGUCUGGUCUCCAGUCCCCAAAAUGGGAAGCCCCAUCUCCAGCCCCUUGUCUGGUCUUCAGAAACUACCCCAGUGCACACGCUGCUAUAAUGGCAUUGUCGGCACCAUCGUGAAAGCCAGGGACAAACUCUACCACCCCGAGUGCUUUAUGUGCGAUGACUGCGGUAUCAACCUCAAGAAGAGAGGCUACUUCUUCCUCGAGGAUAAUCUGUACUGUGAGACCCAUGCCAAGGCACGCGUCCAGCCCCCAGAGGGCUAUGACGUUGUCGCGGUGUACCCCAACUCUAAGGUGGAGCUAGUUUGAGACAGAGAUGGAGCUGGCCUUACUAUAAUAUAACUGGGAAAACAAAAUGUGGGAGAAUGAGACUAUAUCUCAGCCUACAUUUAUCAGGCUCUGUCAAACAAGAAUGCCGAUCUUGGAUCAGUUUUGCCUUUGGGAGAGUGUUAUGAAAUUUGUAUGUUUGUGAUCUGAGAUCAAAAUUUCUACACUGACAGACUUGAUAAAUGUAUGUUGAAAAUACUGAAACAUGUUGACAGAGUAAGGCUUGGGUCUGAUGCAUGUCCUAAAGUGCCAACCCGCUGUAUGUCCCCAUCUGGCAGCCUUCAUCCCUCAGUGUAUUUGCAUUAAAUUCUAGAUACAAGAGAACCAGUUAAA